CGAUCCCAGAAAACCCCCGUGGGCCAGAAGGCGACCGUCAUGGAGUGGCGGGACGAAGAAACCCCCUCCGAGGAAAUCCUAAUGCUCGUCUUCUCUCGCCUUAAGCCCUACUGCCUCGACCUCCUCGACCUCCUUCGCAACCCUAAGAAGGAUGCCUCCUUCCUUGCCGAGAUGGCCGACUUCCUCCGAAGCGCCCCUGCCGCCGCUUUGCAGCCCUCUCUCGAUUAUACCUUGUUCCCUUUUCUCCUUUUGCUGGAUGCGGCUGUGCAGUGUAGAGAAGAGAAGAAGGCUGACUCGGAUGGGGGUUUUGGGAAUGGUGGUGCCCCAUUAGGUGCGCAUGCGAUCAGUGAUUCUGUGGCAGAAGGGUUGCUAAUGUGCCUAGAAGAACUUUUAAAGAAAUGCCAUCUUGGGUCUGUGAAUCAGAUGGUUGUGGUGCUAAAGAAAAUUACCACUGGAGCUAUGCUUUCACAUUCUGUGGCAUCGGAAGAAUUUCGUGAAGGAAUAAUAAGAUGCUUUAGGGCGAUACUUCUCAAUUUACAACCUUGCUCUGUUAGUUCCUGUUCAUGCAAGCAAAGGGUUAUCAUGUCUACAUCCAAAUCUAUUGAUGGUGCUUUUGUGCAUCAUAAUACUCUCUCAAGGGAUUGUGUAGAAUCACUAGAAUGUUUGCUAGCAUUUCUCCAAUCUCAAAAUGCUUCAGCUGCAGUAGGGCAUUGGCUAUCACUUCUUCUCCAAGCUGCUGAACUUGAGGCACUGAGAGGACACCGUGGAAGUGCAAAUCUCCGGAAAGAGGCAUUUCUGACCCUUCGAGUCCUUGUUGCCAAGGUUGGUACUGCUGAUGCACUUGCCUUCUUUCUACCGGGUGUUGUAAGCCGUUUUGCAAAGGCCUUAUAUGUAUCAAAAAAUAUGAUUAGUGGUGCUGCUGGAAGCUCUGUGGCCAUCGAGCAGGCUAUUUGUGGUUUGACUGAGUUCUUGAUUAUUGUUUUAGACGAUAAGGCAAAUCUUCACUCCCUUGAGAUGCCUGUAAAUGAUAUUGGAUCACUUUCACCCAUGGAAAAUAAAUCUACCCAAUCUGUCCUAGAGGCUCUUCGUAGUUUACCUCUAAAUGGUCAUGUUCAGUCAGCAAAUAUCAUUGGAGAUUCGUUUAAUCAAGCUAUCAACGAUGAUCAUAAACGAAAGAUAGUUGAUCAUAGCAAUGGCAAAAGAACUUUAUUCGUACAUCGUUCCAAGGAGUGCAUUGAUGAAACUUCUUCUAAUGUUGAUAAAUUAAUGUCUGCUGCAUUUCCACAUCUUUGUAUUCAUUCUGCAGAAAGGGUCAGAAAAGCACUUGUAGAUGGCAUACAGGGGCUUCUGUUGAAUUGCAGAUGCACUUUGCAAAGAAGCAAAUUAAUGCUUUUGGAGUGUUUGUGUGUGCUGGUUUGUGACGAUGCAGAUGUUGUGUCCAUGGUAGCACAGGAAUCCCUCGAAUCUUUAUUUGUUUUGGGUGAGAAAUUUAUAACCAAAAAUGAAAUUUCUGAUCUAUUUACCAGCCUCAUUAAAGCACUUCCAUGUGUGGUUCUUGGAAGUGAUGAGACAAUUGCUUUGUCACAUGCUCAGAAACUACUUUCUCUAGUCUAUUAUGCAGGUCCGGACCUUUUAGUAAAUUACCUUCAGUCUCCAGUCAAUGCAUCAUGUUUUUUGGAGUGUUUUGGAUUAUGCUUCAGUCAUAAUUCACGGUUUGCUGGUUCCAUGAAUAACCUAAUUUUGUCAAAACCGCUUUCAACUGGAUAUUUGCUUUCCAUUGCUGAGCUGAAAGCUGGCAAUAUCUUGAGUUCUCCAAGAAAUCUUACUAAGGAUGCCACUUUUCCUGUUGUUUCCAAAAUUUCUAUUUUGCAAGAUGAGGAUUUGCAAAGUCCUUCAGAAUAUGUAACUAGUGUUUUGGAGUUUCCUCACAUGCCUCCUUGGUUUGGUAUUGCUGGCAGUCGGAAACUAUACCUAACUCUUGCUGGAGUACUUAGACUUGUCGGGCUGUCCAUAAUAUCAGGACACGAGAGCAAUAUGUUUUUAUCAGUUCUUGUUGAUAAUUUGCUAGAUCAGUUUCGCCAGUUGAUAUCAGAGCUUCGUAUGAAAGAAUAUGGCAAAGAAGGGUGGAAAACUUGGUAUUUUCAUCAUGGUUCUGGCCAGUUAUUGCGCAAGACAAGUUCUGCAGUUUGCAUGUUAAAUGAGAUAAUAUAUGGAUUAUCAGAACAGUCAGUUAAUACAUAUUCAACAUUCUUUAAAAAGUCUAGGGAAGAAACCUUGCAAGAAAAGAAACUUGCAUAUGAUGAUGACAAGUCUACAACUUUCAAAUGCCAAGGAUCAGCUUGGAAUAUGAGAGAGGGAAAGGAUAAUAGGGAUGCUACAAUUCUUUCCAUUGCCAGCAUUUUGCAUGAAUAUUUGUCACCUGAAGUGUGGGACAUUCCAUUGGAUCAGAAUGCACCUCUGCUGGAACAUAAAAUAGAAUUAGAUCUUCCAUUACAUUUCUUCCUUGACACCAUAAUGCUGCAACAGGUGAUCCUAGAUGGAAUAGGCAUUUUCAGCAUAGUUCUUGGAAAAGAUUUUAUAAGCAGUGGAUUUCUGCACUCUUCUCUUUAUUUAUUACUAAGGAACUUGAUUUGCUCUAACAGUGAGAUAAGAAUCGCAUCAGAUGCUGUCCUACGUGUUCUUUCUGUUUCGUCCAGCCAUGCCACCGUAGGGCAGUUGGUUGUGGCAAAUGCAGACUAUAUUAUUGACUCUUUAUGUUACCAGUUGCAGCAUUUGGAUAUCAAUCCCCAUGUUCCAGAUGUACUUGCUGCUAUACUGUCCUAUGUCGGUACUGCUCGAGAUAUUCUGCCAUUGUUGGAGGAGCCGGAUGUUUCUGUAUCUCUUGCAAAAGUGGAGGAAGCUUAUAAGCACGAGAAACAAACCAAAGCAGCAAUCUGGGAAGCAGUUCAGUUGCUAUCACUAAAUGAUCUGAAAGAUGGGAUGGAGGCUGCAGAUGAGGAAGCUGACGAGAACAGAGUGCUUCCAGCAAUGAACAUAAUCUGGCCUUAUUUGAUUCUUUGCCUUAAAAAUAAGGUUUCAGUGGUUGUGAUCAGGAAAUGCUUGAAUAUGCUGCAUAAAGCAGUUCAAAUUGGUGGCGGGGACUUUUUUGUUCGCCGGUUUCAGAAUGAUGGGCAUACUAUAUGGAAGUUGCUUACUUCAUCCCCAUUUCGAAGGAAACCAAUGCUAUCAAAUGAGGAAAGAAUUCUUCUCCCUUACCGAAGUAAUUCUAUCACUUCCGAAGAACCUAUGGCUGAAGUCUCCAGCCAAAAAAUCCAGGCAGCAGUAUUGGACAUGAUUACCAUGAUAUGUUCGGACAAGAGGACUAGUUCAGCAUUACAGACAGUCCUGAAGAAGGUUAGUGGUAUUGUGGUAGGUAUUGCUUGCAGUAGCAUGGCAGGUCUCAAAGAUGCGUGUCUAAGGGCAUUAUCAGGACUUGCUUGCAUUGAUUCAGACCUUACCUGGCUUCUGCUUGCCGACGUCUACUAUUCCCUGAAUAGAAGGGAUGUUAUCCUUCCACCAUGUCGAGAUCUGGCUGGGAUUUCUGAGCUGCUUCCUGCCGCAUCAUCCAAAAAGGAAUAUUUGUUUGUGAAUUAUGCAGGAGAAGAUUUAGGCCUUGAUAUAGAUCCUUCAUCCGUGGAGGUAGUAUUUAGAAAGAUGGAAUCAGAAGUUCUUUUAUGAUAACAUUUGUACAGUCGGAUCUGUAUCAUGUUGAAUGUACUCUGUAAAUUUGUGGGAGAUGUUAAGAAUCAUUGAGAAUGUAAAAGGGCAUUAGAAGUCACUUUGUACAUGGUAUUUAUAAGAUUAUGUUACAUGCGGAGGCUUUUAGUGCA